ACCACCGUCUUUACCGGUUAGCCCAUCCACAAACACCAUUUCAACAAAAAAAGCACUCUCAACAACGAAAACUUUCAAAUCCAAACACCAUAACCAAAAUCAAAUUCCUGGUGCAUAACCAGAAAAUAUACUCCUCUACGCGCCACCGUACGUGUCGAAUUUUCUAGGAAAUGGAUCAACAGCCCUUAGAGGAGAACGAGCAGAAGACAGAAUCGACGGACCGUGAUCCCAAGCCAAAUUCGACUCCCGAUCCGAAAACCGCAGAUAAUCAUAACGCUGCCCCGAAUGGAGAAGUGAAUAAGGACAGCGUCGUGACUGGAUCGGAUUCUGAGACGCAGGCUCAAGGUGAUGAGGUACAAACUCCGGGCCGCUCGGGGUCCGCGAGGAAAUCGGUUCGAUGGAGCCCCGAUUUGGUGACCGAAUCUCCCGCUUCUCGAAACGGCAAUGGCAAUAAUAACGUUUACUUUGACGGAUCCAAUCCGUACGUUUCUUCAUCUCCUGCUCAAUCCUCCUCUUCGUUUUCCUUCAAAGAUACGAUGGGAAACGUGCGGGAGAUGCUAGGUAGAUGGGGAAGAAGAGUGGGAGAAGCUACCAAGAAGGCAGAGGAUCUCGCUGGAAACACGUGGCAGCACUUGAAAACAGCCCCUAGCUUUACAGAUGCUGCGCUGGGAAGAAUUGCCCAGGGAACAAAGGUCCUUGCAGAAGGUGGAUAUGAGAAGAUCUUUCGACAGACAUUUGAAACAGUUCCUGAGGAGCAACUCCAAAAUUCAUAUGCAUGUUACUUAUCGACAUCAGCUGGUCCAGUCAUGGGGAUGUUAUAUGUAUCUACAGCAAAACUUGCAUUUUGUAGUGACAAUCCCCUUUCAUAUAAAUCUGGUAGCCAAACUGAAUGGAGCUAUUAUAAGGUGGUCAUCCCAUUACAUCAACUUAAAGCCGUUAAUCCUUCAUCAAGCAGAGCAAAUUCUUCAGAGAAGUACAUCCAGAUUAUUUCUGUUGAUAAUCAUGAAUUUUGGUUUAUGGGAUUCUUAAAUUACGAUGGCGCCGUGAAAUGUUUACAGGAUGGUUUGCAAGCCCAUACUCUACAGUCUGUGUGAUGCUUGUCCUUUUGAGUAAAACUUUUUCCGCCCUUUGUUCUUCAAAUCUUAUAGCCAGAAGUUCACACGCCUUAUUGUCCAGAAGGGUUUAAUGUGAUAACAGUACAUUUUGCUUAUUAGACAAUUGUAGAGAUAAUGGAGACAUUUUUGGAAGACUGUUAGAAAAAAUUUAUAUUUCUUUUUUCAGUCCACAUGACGUCGUCUUGUGAUUUUGCACGGUACAACUCACUGGAUUUGGAAAAUGUUAAGAGAGCUUUUUUAUAUUAGCUUGAGGUUAAGCUUUAAUUUA